UGUUAAAAAGAGCGCUGGAGCAUUUGGCGAUUUGAAAGCAAGCUAAGUGCGUCAGUCGUCUUCAAACUAGUGCCGGUCGCACACACGCCACUGGAUUUCGUCCUAUUCUCCACACGUUUUCGUAGAGCAAUCGGAAAGAAAACAGCCGCUAUCAUGAGAGGUUUCGGAUUGUUGGCAAUUUUUUCCUGCGUCUGGAUUCUUCUGGUCGUCCUCUUGUCAGUCGAAGGUGUCCCGUUAGCUGGCAAAACAGGUGACGUUUCCAUGCCAACAGAGCCCGAGAAAAUGACGAACAAAACAUCGUCUGUUUACGAUUACGUAACUCCAGAGGUCAUGUCGACAGUAGUUGGAGCUGCUUUGGGCGACCAAGACUGCCUCCGCUAUUCGGCCUGUAAAGCCGGAAAUUACGUUGCCGAUGUUACUGGCAAGGAGAUUGUUUUGAUGGUUCUGGACCGCUGGGUUCCCAAUAGCUGGCAAGAUACUCUCCGCGCCUUCAAGGAAGCGGCCACCUACAAGGACGAUUGCAAGAAACAAUUCCCUUGCUCCAAUCCACGAGAUGAGUAAACUUGACCUUUAUCAUCUCUACGGACUCAACAGUUCCGACAACAUUUGUUUUUUUUACUCUUAAUUUAAUAAUAAUAAUUUUAUAUUAUUUACGGAUGCGUCUUUUAUACGUUGAGUGGUCGUUGAUCGAUCACAUUCUUCCAGAGAAAAAAUAAAUAAAACUUGUAUUUGUUCCUAUUAAUUGUGAACGAGUAUUUACAAUAAAU